GUCAGGAGUAACGCGAGUCUAGUGCUGUUGCGGGGACACAGAGUUGUGCUCCGGACUGAUCUGGAAAACAUCAGGGGUAAGGUAGCACUUCUCUCGGGAGGAGGAUCUGGACAUGAACCCGCACAUGCAGGCCCAACCGGACCACACAGCCCCAGCAGAUGAAUCCCCCCAAUCACAACCAACGAGCCCCCCCACUCACCACAAACACCCACCCAGGAACCUCCAAUCAGUGGCACUGAAUGCUAUUCCUUCAAACUGCUGACAUGUGAUGUAAGUUUAGCAUUAAAUACCAAGUAUUGUAACUUCAGCAUUAAUGUGACAAGUAGUCCGUCUUUGCUCUUGGUUGGGGAUGGAGUGGUCUGAGCUUGGAAGGUCAGAAGGCCGUAUUUCUCUUGGGUGGUGGUGCAAUUGCCUUUGAUGGAGCUGGGAUGGUCAGUCAAUCUGCAGCUGUUAGCUGACGUAAUCUCUAGUUGGGGAUGGGCAUGUGUCGAUCAUCUGGACCUGGCGGAAUUUCUCCCUACCUCGGGAUGAGUAUCCCAAGGCGGAUGCAGAAAGAGAAUAAUUAGCGUAGCUGCUGUUCAUUAACUAUGCAAUAAGUGAAAGCUUGGCUGAAAAGAUGUGUCUUAAAUCUAGAUUUAAAUUGGGAGAGUGUGUCUGACCCUCGAAUAGUAUCAGGAAGGCUAUUCCAGAGUUUAGGUGCUACGUAUGAGAAAGCUCGUCCCCCUUUGGUGGAUUUUGUUAUUCUAGGUGUUGUCAAAAGUCCUAAGUUUUGAGAUCUUAAAGAGCGUGAUGGGUUGUAACGUGAUAAAAGCUUGGUUAAGUAAGUAGGUGCUAAACCGUUCAGGGCUUUGUAAGUAAUUAAAAGAAUUUUAAAAUCAAUGCGAUACUUAAUGGGUAGCCAGUGAAGCGAUGAUAAAACUGGGGUUAUGUGAUCGUAUUUUCUUGACCUAGUAAGAACUCUGGCAGCUGCAUUCUGAACUAACUGUAGUUUGUUUAUUGAUGAUCCAGGACAACCACUAAGUAGAGCAUUAUAAUAGUCAACUCUUAAGGUCACAAAUGCAUGAAUAACUUUUUCUGCGUCAGCAACACAUAAAAUAUUUCGUCAUUUGGCAACAUUUCUAAGGUGGAAUAAGGCUGUUUUUGUGAUAUUUGAGAUGUGAUUUUUAAAUGACAGGUUGCCGUCUAAUAUAACGCCUAGGUCUUUAACUGUAUUUGUUGGAGUAACCGUGCAGCCUUCAAUUUGCAGGUUGUAAUCUGAGAUAUUCUGUUUACGUGUUUUUGGUGCUAUAAGUAAUAUUUCUGUUUUGCUAGAGUUUAAAAGAAGGAAAUUACUAGUCAUUGAAUGUUUUUUGUCUUCGAUGCACUCUGCAAGUUUGGAUAGCUUGAAGGAAUCAUCUGGUCUUGAUGAGAUAUAUAGCUGAGUGUCAUCUCCAUAACCGUGGAAGCUUAUUCCAUGUUUUCUAAUAAUGUUGCCAAGGGGCAGCAUGUAUAUGGAAAACAGCUGGGGUCCUAAAACCGAUCCCUGAGGUAAUCCAUAAUUUACUUGCGUGAGAUUUGAUUUUCGUUAUACACAUUCUGUAGUAUUAACUAUAGUAAAUUGAUAAACUAAAUAAGUUUUAUACUUAAUAUUUACUACGGUAAGGUUCCAAAUAAAAUGGUAUCUACUAGUAUUUACUACAGUUUACUUGAUACUAACGUUAGUUGUGAAGGUGUGCAAAAUAAUAGAAAAAUAGUAAAACAAUAGUAAAGGCUACCCUUUUUUCUAGCUACCUUCUUCAUUUCACCGUUUCAGUCUUUUGUGUUUGCUCUCCCUGACCACACAUUUUUCCACAACACCACAGCAGAAUGUUCAUGUAAAGUGAAUAGAGCUAAAUUGACUAUUUUUCGAUUACAUUUACAUUAAGUCAUUUAGAAGACACUAUUAUUCAAAGCGACUUACAAAUAAGUUAAUAUAAGGACAACAAAAAGCAUAAGUGGAGUAAAAACUGGUCACAUAUAGCCUACCACAGUAUACAAAGUUAAGGAUUUUUUUAUGGAUAGAAAGAGUUGAAAAGAAAUAGAAGUCAAUACUAAUCAGUCAGGUGUUGACGGAAGAGAUGUGCUUUCAGCUGAUUCUUAAAGAUGCCUACAUAAUCUGCACAAAAAUAACAAUAAAUGUUCCUCUGUUCAAAUAUUUAUGGACCUCACUGAACUGGAGUGUUGGCAACACUGAUUUCCUGAACCCAGAUUUUCUCUCUCACUAAAACAGGUUACAUUGGCAUGGGAAUGCUGUCAGGGGCUGUGGCGGGAGCAGUAUUUGCUUCCCCUCCUGCCGGUAGUAUCCUUGCUGCCAUUCAGGCUCUGUGGAGUCGAGGUGCUUCAGGAGUGCUGCUUGUGGUAAAGAACUACACAGGUGACCGCUUAAACUUUGGCAUAGCUGCAGAGCAGGCCCAGUCACAGGGCAUCAAGUUGGACAUGGUGAUUGUGGCAGAUGACUGUGCCUUUACUCAACCCAGCAAGGCCGGCCGGAGAGGCUUGUGUGGAACCGUGUUAGUUCAUAAGCUAGCUGGAGCACUGGCAGAAGAAGGCUGCCCAUUGGACACAAUUGUAGCCCGAGUGAAUGAAGCGUUAAAAAAUAUUGGAACACUCGGUGUAAGUCUGUCUCCAUGCAGUGUCCCUGGAUGCCUUCCAUCUUUCCAGCUUCCAACAGGAGAGAUGGAGCUGGGGCUUGGGAUGCAUGGAGAACCAGGUAUUUGGAGAUCAAAGGUGGCCUCUGCUAAUGAAGUUGUGAAAACUAUGAUCAGUCACAUGACUGAUUCCUACAACAAAUCACAUCUGCCCCUGAAAUCAGGAGACAGCGUUGUGCUAUCUGUAAAUAAUCUUGGUGCUCUCUCGUGUUUGGAAAUAGCUGUGGUCACGAAAGCAGCGGUACACUUCUUAGAGGAGCAUGGUGUACUCAUUGUCAGGGUGAUGUCAGGAUCGUUUAUGACAUCAUUGGAGAUGGCGGGAAUGUCUCUUACCUUAUUAAAGGUUGAUGAAGAGAUUCUCAGACUGUUUGAUGCUAAAACAACAGCCCCGGCCUGGCCCAAUCUUAGCAGUGUAUCUGUGAGUCGGAAAAAUUUGUUUAUGGAACCUGUGGAAAAAUCUGCUGCACCUGCAGUUAAAGGGAAUGAAGGUUCACUUGCAUCCAGUAUUCGGCACGUUUUGGAGUCGGUGUGCAGAAUCCUUCUGCAGUACCAAGAUGAACUCAAUGCUUUGGACCGUACCGCAGGGGAUGGAGAUUGUGGGAACACACAUGCACUUGCAGCUAAUGCCAUUCUGGAGUGGCUUUCCAUUAGCACCAUUCCUGGGAAUGCUGGGCUUCUUUUGGCAGAUCUUGCUCUCCUGGUUCAAGAACGGAUGGGUGGCUCAUCAGGGGCAUUAUAUAGCCUGUUUUUAUCUGCUGCUGUCCCUCAUCUCGCAGAGAGCUGUGAUGGUACUAGCUGGGCCAAAGCAUUGCAUGCCGGGACUGAGGCCAUGAAGAGGUAUGGUGGUGCUGAAGUAGGAGACAGGACCAUGCUUGAUGCCCUGUGCCCGGCUGUAGAAGAAUUGAAGAAACUUUCCACAGUAUCUCCUGGUGGUCAUAUGGAUAUACUGCAAGCCGCAGUGGAGAAAGCUGAUUUGGGAGCAGAAUCUACCUGCAACCUCACUGCAAGAGCUGGACGUGCCAGUUACAUUGCAUCUGAACAUUUGACCCAGCCUGAUCCUGGUGCCACAGCAGUAGCCAUUAUUCUGAAGGCAGUACUAAAUGCUUUGAAGGGCGACAGGGAAAGAAGCAAAAGCUAACCAUAGCAAUGGUUUACUUGAUGUCACUUAUUGUAGACUAUUGAUUGGGCUGCUAAACAUGUAAAAUUAUCAACUCUUAAAUUAAACAACACUAAAAUUGCCUAAUAGCAAGACAUGUUAAAUGAUAAAGGUCUGCCAACCGAAUCGUAUUAGUUUACUACUAAAAGCUUUUUCUCUAAUGGAUUUACUGCACAUCAUAAGAUGUUUUUUUUUAUGUUUUAAAAGCACUAAAAAGAGACUCUGAAUGCAAUAUAUGUUAUAUACAGUAGUCAACUGUGAGGUACCUGUUCUUGUCUAGGAUAACUUUCAUAAACUUUUUUUAUCCACUUCAAAUGUUGACUACUGUGUGUAUAUAUAGCCUAUAGUAGAUCUAAACACUUCUCCUCAAACUUCAGUUUCAUUUUUUAAAAUCUCACAUAUAUAAUUAAAUACUAAAGAUAUUAAUUUAACAUUUUGAUUCUGUUAUAAAUAUUUGUGUAGUGUUAUAACUUUACGUCUUCUGAAGUGGUCUAUACAACAUAAACUUGUAUUGAUCACUAAUACACCUGUAAUUUUAAAAACAUUAAAGGAAAAUAAAAAUUAAUAAAGGAAAAAAC